AUGAAAAAAAUCGAAACUGCAUCAUUCAGACGAAACAAAACCCUCGAAAAAACGCUUGAAUCUUGUCAGUUUUGUGUGGAAACAUCACGUUUCCAGAAGCACUGCCUUAUUGCUCUGGGAAGAAAUGCUUAUCUUUCAUCGGUGCCAUGGCAGCCUUUGGUGAAAGAACACUGCUUGAUUGCUCCCACUAUGCAUUAUUCUUCGACGGUAACACUUGAUGAAGAUAUCUACGAAGAAAUACAAGGAUUUAAAAGAGCGUUGGUAUCCAUGUGGCAGAAUGAAGGAAUGGAUUGUCUGUUUGUGGAAACUGCGAAAAAUGUAAAGCAUCGUAAGCAUAUGUAUAUUGAAUGCAUUGCAAUUCCAAACGAAGUCGUCCAAUUAGCACCUAUUUACUUUAAGAAAGCAAUCGAUGACAGUGAAGACGAAUGGGUAAGUAAUAAGAAACUGAUUGAUUUGUGCAAACGUGGUGGAGACAUACGGAAGGUUAUUCCAAAAGGCUUCUCGUACUUUUCUGUAGAUUUUGGAUUGCAACCAGGCUAUGCUCAUGUUAUCGAAGACGAAAACCGAUUUCCAUAUAACUUUGCUCAUGAAAUAAUUGGUGGUAUGAUGGAUUUGGAUCGAAAGCAGUGGAGGACUAAUCAGUGCAUCAGCAAAGAAGAACAACGAGCAAAUACAGCAGAAUUGAAGCGUCUAUGGGAAUCGGUGGACUGGACGAAAAAUGAAACAUUGCAUAUGAUGUAG